AUGGCCAGUCGAGUUCUGCACAAGGCGCUGGUGGCGGCCGCGGCCGUGAGGGCCCAGGAGCCCCCCUAUGGAUUCCGGGCUCGUCUGCAGGAGGCUGCGGAUGUGAUGUGUACGGAGGACUGCUGGAUGCAAGGCGUCAGUGAAAUCUCGGAGAUGAUGCGAAAGGGCACCGAGUACACCACCAUCGACAUGAGGGCGUUGCUCUACGUGGUGGACAUCGUGCUCAGGCGCACCGAGCUGGCGCGGCAGCGGAACCUACAGGACCCAGUGGCGGAGAAGUUGGCAAAAGCGCUGCAGCCCCACUUGGGGAGUUGGCUGCUGCAAGUGCUCAGGCACCGUCGCCAGCCUCACGCAUUGCAGAAGAGCCGGCGCAUGGUGCAGAAGUGGAGGGAUGGCGGGUGGUUGAACGUGGACACCUUGGCUCCACUCCUGGACCUUUUGAAUGAGGAAUUGCCAGCAGACUCGCAGCAAGAUGACUCGCAGCAGUCGUCCCUGUCGCAGCCUUCCCUGCCCGCUGCUUCAGGCCCGUCGCCCAAGCGGCCGCGCAGCGAGGCGCCGACGCUGGCGCCCGCGGCGCCCGCAGCGCCCUUGGCGCCCGCGGCGCCCGCGGCACUUGCGGCGCCUGGCCCUGCGCCUGUGGCGCUGGCGCACACGCGGCGCGUGGUUCUGCCCGGGCGGCGCUCGUCUGCCCCGCGCCCGGCGCCGGAGCCGGCGGUGGCGCCGGUGGCGCCGGAGGCGGCGCCCAAAGCGGUGACAGAGGCGAAAGCGCCCAAAGAGGCGCCGGCACAGACAUGCAAUGACAGGGAGCCGCACAAAAUCUGGAAGGUCCUUGGGGACUGCCGGUGCCUGUUUCGAGCUGUGGCCCGUGCCCGGUACUUGGAUCACCACAACCGACUGCCGCGGGAUAUCCUGGGCGAGCCCUUGGACGAGGCACAGCGCACCAAGGAGCGGGAGACGGCGGACAAGUUGCGCAGAUGCCUCUGCCAGCGGCUCCAGAAGUGCAAGGAGGAGGUGUCGGCUCUAUUGGAGGGCCCCGUGCCCUUUGAGGAGUACUUGAGCAAGAUGGAAGAUUGGCGGACUUGGGGCGAUGAGAUCUGCCUAAAGUUUCUGCCAGAUCUCAUUGGCUGCCCUAUACAAGUCUACUCCUGGAACAGCGAGCAGGGUUUGACCUUCGACGCAGGGAUGUACUUGCCCACAGACAAGGUGAAGCUCAAGGAGGACUGCAUUGUGCUUUGGUACAAUGGCAAGACUCAUUAUGACCUCGUCUCCACGGAGUGGCUCCAAUGGCGCGAGAAUACCAUCCUCAGCAGCGCCACUUGA